AUGUCAGCGACCUCGAACUCGAAGCCCAUUGUCUUUUAUGACAUCGCCAUGCGCCCGCCAGUUGAAAAGAACUGUUGUUCACCAAAUCCCUGGAAAACUCGACAGGCACUCAACUUUAAAGGCCUUCGAUACUCGACUUCGUUGGUAGGUUUACCCGACAUUCCAAAAGUUCGUGAAGGUCUCAAUGUACCACCCUGUCGCAAAUUUCCUGAUGGCAACGACUUCUUUACUCUGCCAAUCAUCGAAGACCCAGCUACCAAUUCGUUAGUUGGCGACUCCUUCGAUAUCGCGGUCUACCUACAAAAGACAUAUCCGAACGCUGGCGUAGGCGAUCUCUUCCCAUCUCAAAAGCUAGACUACGUUUUCAGCCACGAUCUUGUCCCGGCGGUACCACUCUCAGAAUGUAACGAGACUGACUUUCCUGAAUAUGCCAGGUUCAACAUGAAUGUUGAUGCAGCCUUUACAGUACAUGUGCAGCUUGCAAUUCAGUGUUUCCCGUUGGAUCCAGCUACUGCUGAGACCAGUAAGGCGGAAUUUGUCAGACGUGCAGGUGCUACGCGCUGGGAAGACUUUGCUUUGGUAGGCGAGCAGCGAGAGAAGGUCAAGGAUUCGCUCCGUGAUACGCUAGGUGGACUAGCUAAGGUAUUCUUGAGAGACACCAGUGGGCCUUUUCUACUUGGUACAAGAGCUAGCUAUGCAGACAUUAUCGUUGGUGGUUGGUUGCAUAUGAUGAAUGUGACUCUACCGGAGAGUGAAUGGAGGGAAUUGAGAAGUUGGCACGAAGGGCUUUUUGGGCAACUGUAUGAUGCCUUGGAGGUAUUUGCAGAAGUGAAAUAG